UUGCUGCAGCCUGGAGUCGAGCACAGCUGCCCGGGUACGACCAGAGGCAAACAUCACUGACUGUGCAGUUAAACACGAACCGCAAGCUGCUGUAAUCUGGACACAAUAACAAGACAAAUAACCGAGAAAGCCCUCCGGUGAAAUUGAAUUAAACCAAAGCGUAUCUGUCCCUUCUCUAUUUUGGUUCUGACCAAGUGGGUAUUGUUCUACAAAUGGAUAAUGGAGACUGGGGCCAUAGGAUGAGUUCUCCUGUUACCUUGAACGUGGGAGGUCACAUGUACACCACCAGUUUAUCUACCCUGCAGCGCUAUCCAGACUCCAUGCUGGGUGCAAUGUUCCGGGGAGAUUUCCCCACUACUCGCGAUUCCAAAGGGAAUUAUUUCAUUGAUCGUGAUGGGACACUUUUUCGGUACAUCCUGAACUUUCUGCGGACGUCUGAGCUUACCCUUCCUGCCGACUUCACAGAGACAGACCUACUAAGGAAAGAGGCGGACUUCUACCAGAUCGAACCGUUGAUCCAUUGCCUUCAUGACCCCAAGCCUCUGUACCCUCCCGACAUCUAUGAACAGGUCGUGGAGCUCUCAAGCACUCGGAAACUUUCAAAAUAUUCAAAUCCAGUCGCUGUUAUCAUCACACAGCUAACCAUAACUACAAAAGUUCACGGCCUGCUGGAAGGUAUUUCCAACAACUUCACAAAGUGGAGCAAACACAUGAUGGACACCAGAGACUGCCAGGUGUCGUUCACCUUCGGACCAUGUGACUAUCACCAAGAGAUUUCACUAAGGGUUCACCUCAUGGACUACAUCAUGAAACAAGGAUUCACCAUCCGCAACACCCGUGUGCAUCAUAUGAGUGAGCGUGCAAACGAGAACACGGUGGAGCAUCACUGGACUUUCUGUAGACCAGCUCGCAAAGUUGAAGACUGAGUUAAAGCACAGUUGUUGUGCGUGACACUGCUGUUUGAUUUGACUUUAUAUUACCCAUGUCCUGUUUAAACAACACAUUUUGAAAUCUGUUGCAAAUGUCUGUGUCACUAGUAAUAAUUUAUUUUUCUUUUGACCAAGGUGGUACAGUGGGACAAGGCUCAAAGUCCAGGCAAAUGGCAUAAAAACUGUGGAAAAUAGGAAUUCUCUAUUUAUUCACCUCCAAUUGCAAGAAGACUUUCUUAGUUGUACUACCACUACUUAAAAAAUGUCCUAAUUGACGACUAUGAGUAUAAAGAUUUUUGUUUGAAGCAGAAAGACCCCAUAUACAAGAGCAAUGAUUUUUAUUUUAUUGUAUUUAUAAAGGGACACAAGAAUACCCCAGAUAUGCUCAAAUGUGGAAAUCUUGCUUUUUCAAGGAAUAGUUUUGAUCAAAUGUGGUUUAAUAUCGGCAAAAUGUUAUUCCGAAUUCAAGAAUAAUUGAUUAUUAACAGGUAGUCAUGCUUUAAGACUGCCUACACAUAAUGGUAUAAAAUCUACAUCUUAACAUCAAGUUGACUUAUGAUCCCAAUUUUAAGGGGAAGGGGGAUAUUGUAAAAUGAUUGUUCCUCGUACAUAAGCUGUCUUGGUCAUGUUUUGGACUGCAGACACUAAACAAAUAACUGUUUUGAAUCCUGAGUUGUCAGGAGUGAACCUUUUUUUCAUAAUAAAUUAUGAUUAUCUUUAGCCCAAUUUAUAGUAGAUCUUAAAUAAGUUUCUUACCUGUCUUAUCUCCUUGUAUGGUACUAUAAUUGAAGACCUCUCGUCAUUGUUGCAUGUGUCUGAGGGUCUUGUGUUUGUAUAUGUAGUUGUGGGCUUUGCAGUAUUAUGUCAUACUGUUACAGUUUAGAGCCCAUAUCAACAGUGAUGUGUUUGAUCAUUCCAGCCAAAAUAAAACAUGUAUUUGUCAGUUA